AACCGGGCAGGAGUUAUCCAAAUCCCACCGUGUCAUCAGCCCGGCUGGGGAUGGGGAGGAUAGAGUGAGACUCUCACGGGCUGCUGAGAUUUCUAGACUGCCAGGAAGUCCCGGGAAGUCUGUGGAAAUGAGAGUUCCUUAACUCCAGCUCUACUCCAACUCCACUUCUCCUCCGUUGGGAUUGGGAGAAAGGGACAGACCUUUUCAUCUCUCCUCCCAAGAGUGCCUUUCUUCUCCAGCAUGGCGAGCGGCGGGGCUCGCGUGUGUCUGGGCUGUGCCUGGGAGAGCCGGGCCAGCCACAGUCAGGCCGCCUGAGCUCCAGCCUGGGGCCGGUGUCACCGCUCCAUGCACUGCAGAAGCCCCAGCAGCUGCUGCGGGAGCCACCAACAUGAGCUGCAGAGAGGGGACUGACAGCAGCUGCGGCUGUGGUGGGCGCGACGAGAACAGGAUCCUGAAGUGCGUGGUGGUCGGGGACGGCGCGGUGGGGAAGACCUGCCUGUUGAUGAGCUACGCCAAUGACGCCUUCCCGGAGGAAUACGUGCCCACUGUGUUUGACCACUACGCAGUUACCGUGACAGUGGGAGGCAAGCAGCACUUGCUUGGACUGUACGACACUGCAGGACAGGAGGAUUACAACCAGCUGCGGCCACUCUCUUACCCCAACACCGAUGUGUUUCUCAUCUGCUUCUCUGUCGUAAACCCUGCCUCUUAUCACAACGUUCAGGAGGAGUGGGUCCCGGAACUCAAGGACUGUAUGCCUCAUGUGCCUUACGUGCUCAUUGGAACCCAGAUUGAUCUUCGAGAUGACCCCAAAACCUUGGCACGUCUGCUGUACAUGAAGGAGAAGCCCCUCACCUAUGAGCACGGUGUGAAGCUGGCAAAAGCGAUCGGAGCGCAGUGCUACUUGGAAUGUUCUGCCCUGACUCAGAAGGGUCUCAAAGCGGUUUUCGAUGAAGCCAUCCUCACCAUUUUCCACCCCAAGAAAAAAAAGAAAGGCUGCUUAGGGUGCCAGGGCUGCUGUGCAAUUGUUUGAAGUUGCCUGAGACCCAUCGCCCUGCCAUGCAAGGGUAUGGAGGGCAGCCAGUCUCUGUGACCCAACUCUAGCCAAAAAAGGAGGGCGUGGCCAGAAAGGAAUUCCUGCAUCCCAACGCUUGUCCCCGUGCCCUGCCAGCUUCCCAGCCCAGCAUCCUGUAAGCCACUGCCGCAGCCCCAAGCCAGCUAGACCAUCCACACUGUGCAUGAAGAAUGCAGAGCCACAUUCAGACUGUAUGUUGGUGAGGUGUUGGAAGCCGAGUGAGGAUCCGUGGAGGAGGCUCUCACGGUUAUGAAACAACCGGAAGUCAUGACGGGAAAACCAAGUACUCUGUGUGCAUUGGUGGCCUUGGUUCAUGUCUUCACCAAACUUGGGAAUACAACACCUACAUUUUUUUUUUCCUGAGUCCGUUCUUUUACCCAAGCACCUUAAUGCUAUUGCAGUUCUCUGAUGUCAAUCCACAUCAAAGUAGUCGAAAGACAAGCUGGAUGGUGCUCACGCCAACUGAUAGUGGAUCUCUGCCAAUGUUCUUAGAGCUGUCAUGUACCUCUGAAAGCCUAAUUACAAAAAAAAAAUACAGCUCUUAUAAGUGUACAUACCUAUAGUGCUUUUAACCUUUUUAAAAGAAAACGUCCUGUCAAUUAUUACAGCUCCCCAAGUUUGGCCAAAGAUCAUCCUACACAUGCUUCAGGUGAUGGGAGUCUGCUCUUGAAAACUCCUGUUGUCAUUCAAACUGAAAAUGGACUGUCUUGGAAGAAACAGUUUUCUACUUCUCAUCUAAAGCGGUCGGGACAAUAAUGUAGCAAAGCCAUCGUCUCAAUCCAGGAGAGUGGGCCUGACCCGCCCUGCUCACACAAUGUCUUUACCCUCUCUCUGUUCACAUUUUCUCCUGUGCCCAGAUCCGUGUUCCUCAGUCACAGC